CGACCGACCGAUCCGGUGCUCUAUAUCUGCACGCGCAUGACCGCGUGACCCAACCCACUCGCGUUUGUGAGCUAGUUAGCUGCGUGGGAAUGGCGUCGCGGCGGGAGGAGGAGGAGGAGGUGAAGGCGAAGAAGGCGGCGGCGGCGGCGAUGGGGCACCCGGUGCUGCGGAGGGUGAGGCGGGCGAGGUACACGCACGGGCUCGGGGCGGCGCAGAUGGAGGCGCUCCGGGCCAUGUGCGGCGCGCUCGUCCCGGCGCUGCCGGUGGAGCAGGACGGCGCCCGCGGCGGCGACGCCGACCUGGAGCGGUUCUACCUCGCCUCCGCCGCCGAGUCCGCUGUCGCCGACGAGGUCGCUGAGCUCACCAUGAGACGGUGCGUCUGGGAGGCAGGGCUGCUGGUGAGGGUCGUGCUGUGGAUGUUGGCCACGAGGAUCGGCACGCUGGCGCUGUGCGGCCGGCCGUGCGUCGCCGUCUCCGGCGCCGGCGGCGGGUUCCCCUACGUGCGGCGGUUCGCCGACAUGCCGGUGGAGCGGCGGGAGGAGGUUCUGCGGCGGUGGAACACGACGCGGUGGCUCUUCCCGCUCAAGAUCACCUUCGCCCUCGUCAAGAUCCUCUGCCAAUUCGUAUUUUACACCGCGAUGGACGAGAACUCGGAGAACCCAUGUUGGAAUGCGAUUGGAUACAGCGUCCCAGCGGCGGAGGAAGAGCCCCCGAAAGAACCAGCAGAAGAAGCGCCGGCGCCGGCGCCGGCGGCCCGGCCUCUGGACAAUGGCGUCGUGGAGACCAAGCAGCUGGACGACAACACCCUGCUCAGGUCGCUAGCGGAGAAGGGCCUCGCGGUGAAGACGAGCGCGUCGAACGCGCACCACACGGUGCUGUGCGACGUCGUCGUUGUCGGCUCCGGCUGCGGCGGCGGCGUGGCCGCGGCGGUGCUCGCGUCAGCAGGGUACAAGGUCGUCGUCGUGGAGAAGGGGGAGUACUUCACCGCGAAGGAUUACAGCUCGCUGGAGGGCCCCUCCAUGGAGCGCCUGUACGAGCAGGGCGGCGUGUUCAGCACGUCGAACGUGACGACCACCAUCUUCGCCGGCUCGACGGUCGGCGGCGGCUCGGCGGUGAACUGGUCGGCGAGCAUCCGCACGCCGGCGGACGUGUUGCAGGAGUGGUCGCGCGACCAUGGGCUGCCGGUGUUCGGGGGCCCCCGAUACGUGCAGGCCAUGGACGCCGUGUGCGCUCGGCUCGCCGUCACCGGCCGGUGCCGGGAGGAGGGGUUCCAGAACAAGGUCGUUCGCCGCGGCUGCGAGGCGCUCGGCCUCCGCGUCGAGGCCGUGCCGCGGAACUCGUCGGAGGGGCACUUCUGCGGGAGCUGCAACCUCGGGUGCCCCACCGGCGAGAAGCGCGGCACCGACACCACAUGGCUCGUCGACGCCGUCGAGCGCGGCGCCGUCAUCCUGACCGGGUGCAAGGCCGAACGGUUCAUCCUCGAGAGGAACACCGGCGUCGGCCGGGGCAAGAACGUCCGGCGCCGGAAGUGCGUCGGCCUGGUGGCGACGUGCAUGAGCGAGGGCGUCACGAAGAAGCUGCGCAUCGAGGCGAAGGUGUCGAUCUCGGCGUGCGGCGCGCUCAUGACGCCGCCGCUGCUGCGCAACAGCGGGCUGAGGAACCGGCACAUCGGCCGGAACCUGCACCUCCACCCGGUGGCCAUGGCGUGGGGCUACUUCCCGGAGAACACGCCGGAGUCGCCGCUCGCCGGCAAGUCCUACGAGGGCGGCAUCAUCACCAGCAUGCACCGCGUCACGGAGCGCACCAUCGUCGAGACGCCGGCGCUGGGGCCUGGCGCCUUCGCCGCCCUGAUGCCCUGGGAGUCCGGCCGCGACAUGAAGGAGCGGAUGCGCCGGUACGCGCGCACCGCGCACGCGAUCGUCCUCGUCCGCGACCGCGCCGCGGGCACCGUCGGCGGCGAGGGCCGGGUCCGCUUCACACCGCUUCGCGAGGACGCCGAGGAGCUCCGGAACGGCCUGCAGCGCGCCCUGCGCAUCCUGGUGGCCGCCGGCGCCGCCGAGGUGGGCACGAACCGCAGCGACGGGCUCCGUCUCCGGUGCAAGGGCGCGCGCGACGAGGACCUGGAGGCGUUCCUCGACGAGGUGACCGUCGAGAAGGGGCCCAUGCACCCGGGCUCCGACAAGUGGGCGCUCGUCAGCUCGGCGCACCAGAUGGGCAGCUGCCGGAUGGGGAAGAGCCAACGCGACGGCGCCGUCGACGCCGCCGGCGAGAGCUGGGAGGCGGAGGGCCUCUACGUCUGCGACGGCAGCCUCCUCCCGACGGCCGUCGGCGUGAACCCGAUGAUCACCAUCGAGUCCGUCGCGUACUGCGUCUCCAAGGGCAUCGCCGACUCGCUCGCGCGCUGACGUACGACUCCACGCUGCCGCUGUGGUGCGGUGACGUGUGCAUCGCCAUCGAUGUGUCCACGAAUCCUCCAGAUUGUUAUGCUUAACUGCUCUACUUGAUUAGCUCUUCUUCCAUGUUAGUUGAUAACUGCUUAACGAAUGAAUAAACAGGUUUGCUCUUUAUCAAU